AUGCCUAAUUCUACGGCAUCCUUCCUAGAACCACUGAGCUCGCCUUCGCCAUCCCCACCACCCCCAGAAGAACACAACGCAACAUCUUCAAACCACAGUGGCCCAGCGGGUCUCGACAGCGGCUCCGAACUCUCAGAGCUAACGGAAGACGAACAAGAAGAGAGCCGCGAGAACGGCACGAAGAAGACAGAGACACGAACAUCCUCCCGCGAUAGCAGGCGCAAAAGCCGCGGACUCGUCCCUGCGCCUAUGUGGGACUGGGCAUACAAGAGCAACAAGAAAGGCGACUGGAGGACGCGGCUAGUAGAAGAAGAGGAAGAAGAGGAACAAGCGGGUCCUGCAACAGCAAUGGAAGAGGAGGAAGAUGAUGACCAGGAGCAGCGCGGGGAGGCUGACGAAGAAGCAGCCGACGAUGACGUUCCUGCUAUCGAAUUCGAUGGGGAUGACAACGACGACGCCGGCGUACCUGUGGCGGACGACCUUACCACACCGUUUGUCGGCGCACUUCCGGCGCUUGAUGAGACCACUGACCUCAUGGACGUCGACGACGCUGUACCGACACUACCACUUGUCGCGUCAAAUCCUGUCAUACCCGCGGGUUCAUCUAUCACGGCAGGCUCUGCAGUAGUUCAGCCUCCAUCACCAUCGUCGUCGGGAACAUCAGGGUCACCUUCAUCGUCGCGUUCGGCGUCACCUGCACCAGACGCAGAUGCGCCAUCCGACAACGAGGUCGAACGAGAGCCGGAACCGAAAGCUACGGCUAGCAGGACUUCCACACGUAACAAGAGGAGGACUAGGACUAGAGCCUCACGAAAGCGCAAGGCCGAUACUAGACAGGACGCAGAGAACGAUGCGGAUGCAGACCUGGUGCAUGCAGCAGACCCCGGAGAAGGCGACGGUGCCGACGCAGAAGACGUCGAGGCGGAUUCGCCAGAGCUGGAGCUCGAACUUGAGUCCGAUCUACAACCUGCUCAUCGCGCGGAGGCCUUGGACGUACUUGCCACGAUCGAGCUGAAAUUCGCAAUGCUCAGAGAGCGGAUUUAUGUCGAGAAGAUGGAAAAUCUCGCAUGGGAGGAAGCAUUGGUUGCUGAAGGCACCCACCCUGAGAUGCUACAUCUUCAUUCUGAAUUGUUGAAGAGACGCGACAAGAGGCUGGAACUUGCCGCACGCAGACGCGACUACGAGGUGGCCAAUGUCACGAAGCGCCGUAAAUUGGACGAGGACUGCACGUGGAGUUGGUGGAAGACCGAAAUGAUCUCCGAGACCAAUAGGAAGCGGCGGAAGCUCGAGCGGGAGCGUAGAGCAUUGGAACGCCCGCAGCCAGAGCGUCGUAUACCUGAGCCGCCGCACAUUGUAGGCUCGCCUCCGACCUUGCGUGAGAUUGUCAAGGCAUAUCCGUUCAGCGCUGCAUCGCAUGCGCAGAUCUCGCGCCACAAGGGUCUUGGAAGUUCGAACACACUAGUGUACCCGAACUUGACGACGUUGUCGCCGACCGAGGUUGCUCACGACCUAGAUUUCAUGGUUCAGAAUAGACGUCUGGCCGUCGGCUUUGAUCCACAUCGUCAAGUCAUGGUCAACCCGACAAUGGGUGCGCCUGUUGGCUACGACUAUCCUCCGAGUAUGCCCAACAUGCAGUUGAUUGAUGGCCCCGUGCAAGGGAACCGCUUCGGGCCGCCACCCCCUGCAUUCUCUCACCAGCAUCCACAACACUACUCUCAAAUCCAGGGUCCUCAGUCUAUGAUACAAGGCUUCCCAGGCCAAGGACCGCGGCCCUCUCAUCAUCAUUCAGCGCCUGCAGGAAGCCUUCCGAAUUUGCAUCCCUCGCAGAUGCCGAUGGAACCAGACACGGUACAUGCUCAUCGACCUGACUCGCGUUCGGCGCACCCAGGACCACACAUGCAACAGGCGUACGGGUCUGGGCCGUCGACUUCUGGGCCUGGUCCGCUCAUGAGACGUUCCAUUUCACCUGUGCCAGUGCAAACGCUGAGCAACGGUUCCGGGCCUAGCAUGCCGAUGGGGAUGGGCCCUGCACCCAUGCCCCCGGGCUUUGCAGGAUCUAAAGCUAAUGGAUGGGUUGGUGUCGGCCAGCCUGGACCAGGUUCCAUUCCGGCAGGGAUGAAGGAGCCUCGACGACCGAGCAGCGUCGCUGAAGGGAGGGAACGUGAUAGAGAGAGAGAGCGCUACAUGGAGGGGCAUCCAAACGGUCCCGGUAAUCUCAGUAACGGGGGACAAGGCCCGACCAUGUCCUCAUUGUCGACUUCCUCCACCGCGGGACCAAACUCGAUGGGCAGCCCACCCACGCCCCGAGAUCUCGAGCCUCGUCGGUCGCAUCCUUCUGCCGAGGUCAUCGAGAUGGCCUCGGAUACUUCGAGGCAGGCAGGUCCGUCCCAACAUAUGUGGAAAAGCAAUGACGGACUGCCACUGCUGGAUAUACGCGACCGCGGCAAGCAACCUCUGGGUCCGCCCCCUGUUGGUCCGCACGAAAGACUGAUGACUCCAUUUGGGACGCCUGCGCAAGCGGGGCCAUCAACUUUCCCGGGAUCCCCAAGGAACAUGCAUGGUCCGCCAGUCGCGCCGGCAUCUACCGUCUCCUCCCGACGAGGUUCUUUCAGUAUAGUCGAGGAGAACGGACUCCCUCGACCUGUUUCGUCAUCGUCACAAGGACACCCGCCGCCGAGCCAUCCCUCGGGUAGUGCACAUCUCGUUCCUCGGACCUAUGCGCUCGCCGACUCGUCCAAGCCAACAGCCCUUGAACGUGCCUCAACUACCGCCGCCACCGCCUCUCACCUCCAUGGGCCAUUUAUCAUCGCCUGUUCGCCCGACGACUCCAACAAGGAACGGAGCGAGUAUGAAGCCAUUCGGUCGCACACCUCCAUCGCCGGGACAGAUGAAGCCGUCAACCACCCAUCCUCCGUCUGCCAGCCUGCAUGCCUUAGAACAGCACGCGAACGGUGCUGCGGGGAUAUCUCUCUCGACACAGCCAAGCAAUGUUUACAUGUCAUAAUCGCGAAGUACUGCCUUCGAAAUGCUGGGUUUGAAUGCCCCUCUCAGUCACGAGCGCCGAAAGGGUACACUGACUUGCAGAAUUCUACAGUGUCUCUUCGUCGGAAUCAGAAGGAGGCAGACCCUGCCACGCAUGGUACAUCAGAGCUACCGUGA